AUGACACGAAUUAGCAUCAAUUUGUUGCCAAAAGUAAAAGUUUUCCCUGGGGACAGCAAAUAUGAGACGACGUUACAAGAAAGCUCUUGGCCUGUUUGGAACGAAGAUUUUAAGUUCCAGCUGAAACCAAAAGACGCGAAAAAGCCAAAUGAGAAAAUCGAUCUUCAAAGUCAGCUAGCUGGCCACUUUUUGUCAUUGACAAUUUAUGCUUUAUUGGAGGCGCCAAAACCAGAUAUAGAUAAGAGAAAAAGCGCCAAAACUCUAGAUGCUAAGACAACUAUGAAAUUGAUGACCGAUGACGAACCAAAGACAAAAUCUGGACUAUUGGAAAAAACAUUCAGUAGUUUUAAAUCUACUAAAGCUGAGAGUAUAGCACAAAAAUCUAUUCUAGAGAAACGAAGGACCGUUGGUGCGGCGACUUGGAAUUUUGAUUCGAAACUAUUCCAGAAUGAUUUAAAAAAUGGUUUAAUCGGUACACCUGAUAUUUGGCGACCAAUUAAUGCUAUUACAAGUGGACUUAAUACAAUUGAUACAAGACGCGAAAAUAAAAAAGGACAAUUGGAAGUGACCUUGUUAUACACGGGCAGUGAAGAUGGCUUAAACGAUACCGUGCAACUCACUGUGAAUAGGCUUCGAUGUAGCGUGCAGACGAUGCAAGAACAGGAACAAUAUAAAGCGCCCCUCUAUUUGAAGGCGACAAUAUUGGAAGCGAAUAAAGCAGAGUGCUACUGGAAAAGCGAUAGAUUCGCUCCAACAAUAUCGGCCAGAUGGGAUCCCAAGUCUGCAACUGUGAAGCUAUCAGUGUUCAAAGCGAACUUGAACAAAGUUAGCAUUUACAUUAGUCUCGGUUGUAAAACUAAAAUGGCGAAAAAAGAAAUCCUAGGUAAGGCCAACAUUGACGAAAAGUCCGCAUAUGCUGACAGUUGGAGAGAAAUUUUGAGGCAGCCGGGAGUGCCCAAAACUUUUUGGGUUAAUUUCGAGUAAUUAAUGUGGUUUCAUUAUACGCUUGACAAUUUUUUCAUGAACAAAUAAAAUGUGUAAUCAAAUAUAUGUUAUUUAGUGUUUUUUGAAUGUAUGUAUGACUUAUUUGUUAGCGUUCAUUGUUCUGUGUUGUUAUUAUCUCAUGACACAAAGCGGUGGGUCGUUAUAAGAUGGCGUUUCGUGUGUGUGCUUGUUCCCGAACGCAUAUACCGAUUUUUUUAUGUUGAAUUAGUCGUUUUUGUUGAAAAUCGGUCAAGUGUGGUUCGAUCUUCGUCAAUAUCAAUCAAAUUAAAGGGAUUGAUAAGAUGACAGCUUCAAAUGGGUUUGGGAUUUUCCAACAUUUUUAAUUCAAUUUACUUGUUGGUGCUCUAGCUCCCCGUAACUUAUUUUAUUUAUUGAAAUUAAUGAAAUCUUAACGCAACAUUUUCAUUAAAAAUAAACACUUUCAUAGUAAUAUUUAUUUUUUAUAGUAACAUUUUAAAGUGUGGCAAGCUCCAUAACACGAAGAAAAACUAUGUAUGCUCAUAAAAUAAAUAUAAUAUAGGAGUGUAUUUAAAAAUGUAUACAGGGUCACAUUCUAUGAAGACACAACUAUAUGCUGCCAAUAUUACAGCACACGUGAAUAACUUGUAUAUUGAUCUGAAUACGCAAUUCAUUUCAACAUCGUAUUAGAUCUGAACUUUAAAGGGUUAGUUAUUUUAAGAAGAAAUGUUGAUCUUUGUACGAAAGGAACUUCUGUGAAAAUUUCAGAAAGGAAUAUUUAUUUUUAAAAACGAAUUUCUGUAAAACAUCAAACAGGCCUUCUCUUACUUUUUAAUUUGCAGUCGCCAAAUUCGUUAUUUAUAUAGCCAUUACCACAGUUUUGAUGAUUAAAACGACAAUGUGUAUAAACAUUUAUUAAUUCUAACAUAACAUUUCCAAAUUAAUCAAUCUCGUGUACUGAAUUUGGCUACAAAUGAAUAUGAUUUAUCGUGUAUGUAAUUAUAUGCAAACUUUUAUAACAUAAUAUAAAUACUAUCUUUAAUAUUACUCCUAUCAAUAUCAUCGUUUUUCACCCGUCGGUUUUUCAUAAGUCCCUCACAAGAAUCGACUUCUUUUUACCGACAAUUACGUAAAUCGAGCACGUAAUAUUUUAAUGAAAAUGUUAAAGUAUUAAUAUAGUAUAUUAUCCGUCCAUUGAAGAACUGGAGUUCGCAUUAAUUAAUUAAUGUCGGCGUAAUAUGAGCGUGAGGAAAGCUUUAAUGUAUCGAGUGCCUUAUUCAGAUGUAUGUAAAUAAUAAUAAAUAUUUGUAAUUGAAUUUCCUGUUUUCAACGCAACGUUACAUGGUCUAUUUUGUAUCAGUGUGAAUGAUUAAUUAUUAACCGAUAAAUAACGUGAAUUAUAUUUUUCCUGCACACUAAAACUUUUAAUGGUAAGCAAGAAAUUUACAGUAUGUAAUAUGUACCAAAUGUAAAAAUAAUAUUCAUAGCUGUGCUACGGUUACUGCAUAGUUUUUCAGAUCGUAGUAUUGUUAUUAAGGUCUUUAAUAAAUGAUAUAAAUUG